GAGGUCUGAUGUGCCUGCCACCACUGGUGUUAGUCUAGGCACUCCCCAGACCACCUCUGUCAGAACAUGAUUGUCCUUUGAAUAUUAAUCUACAUUUACCUCAGUAUUUUAAAGUUUGUUGAUAGUUUGGAUAAAUGAUGGCUCAAAUCCAGCAGGGAGGUCCAGAUGAAAAAGAGAAGACUACUGCAUUAAAGGAUUUAUUGUCUAGAAUAGACUUGGAUGAACUAAUGAAAAAAGAUGAGCCACCACUUGAAUUUCCUGAUACUUUGGAAGGAUUUGAGUACAUUUUUAAUGAAAAGGGACAAUUAAGACACAUUAAAACUGGGGAGCCAUUUGUUUUUAAUUAUCGUGAAGAUUUGCAUAGAUGGAACCAAAAGCGCUAUGAAGCUCUUGGAGAGAUCAUUACUAAAUAUAUUUAUGAACUACUAGAGAAGGAAUGCCACUUGAAGAAAGUAACUCUUCCAGUUGAUGCAAUUGAGACUGAACCAAAGAGCUUUAUCUUUAUGAGUGAAGAUGCAUUAGUAAAUCCUGACAAGCUGCUGGUCCUAAUUCAUGGUAAUGGUGUUGUCAGAGCUGGUCAGUGGGCAAGGAGACUCAUAAUUAAUGAAGAUCUGGACAGUGGAACACAGAUACCGUACAUAAAGAGAGCUAUUGAGGAAGGCUAUGGAGUAAUAGUUCUGAAUCCCAAUGAGAACUAUAUUGAAGUUGAGAAGACAAAAGCCCAAAUACAGCUGUCUUCUGAUAUCUCAGAUGAACCUGCAGAAAAGAGAGAAAGAAAAGAUAAAAUACAGAAGGAAACAAAGAAGCGACGUGACUUCUAUGAAAAGUAUCGAAAUCCGCAAAAAGAAAAAGAAACUAUGCAGAUCUAUAUUAGAGAUAAUGGCUCUCCUGAAGAACAUGCGAUUUAUGUUUGGGACCAUUUUAUUUCCCAGUCAGCUGCAGAGAACGUGUUUUUUGUUGCUCACAGUUAUGGUGGACUUGCCUUUGUAGAGUUGAUGAUUCAACGAGAGGCAGAAGUAAAGAAUAGGGUAACUGCUGUGGCGUUGACAGACUCAGUUCACAAUGUGUGGCAUCAAGAAGUUGGGAAAACUAUUCGAGAGUGGAUGCGAGAGAACUGCUGUAACUGGGUAUCCAGCUCCGAGCCCCUGGACACAUCAGUGGAGUCCAUGCUGCCAGACUGUCCCCGUGUCUCUGCAGGUACAGAACGCCAUGAACUAACUUCUUGGAAGAGUUUUCCAUCUGUUUUCAAGUUCUUCGGUGAGGCUGUAAAGGCGAAGAACAGCUUGGUGAAACCGACCCCAACACGGCGCUCCAACAGGAUAAAAUAUGAAGAAUUCUAAAGGAAGGGAGGAAAAAACCCACCACCACCAAUGUCUUUGCUGCUUGUUUUCUGCAAGGAGUCGCCCAGCCCCUCAUUAGAUUGUUUUCUUCCUAGAGCACAGGGUCGUGAUGUAUACAUCUAAAUAGCGUUUUGCAUUAUUUCUAGAUGAGUGCAACUGUCAAAGCAAUAUGGGUUCACUGGUUGUGCUUCCUGUGGGCUGUAACUUGGAUUUUGUGCUGCCCAUCAGUGUGCAGAUUAAGGCUGACAGUGGUACUGCACAGUGCAGCAUGGUGCAGCUCUAAUUGCCCUGACAUAGCCCUGCACCAAGCUGAUGCCAGAAUUUAACAGCUUCAUCACAGUCCUAUCGCCUGCAGGAUUUUUUGCAGCUUCCUUCUAUUUCGAGACAGAACAGAAUAUGUAUUACUCUUUUUUAAAAGACGGCCCUAACUCCAACAUGUUAACCAGCCUAUGAUUUUACACCUAGUAGCCUUCUCUUUCUCUGGGACCAAGUGGAAUUUACUUCUAACUCUCUCAUUUUUCUGCUGGCAAGAGUGUCCAAGAAGUUUGCCCAGAAUUCUAGAAAGGCUUCAUUGUUGAAGAGAUUUUCUCUUGCUAGAUCAAUGGUUUUAUCUGUAGAUCUUCUCUUCCUUUGGAAAGCUCUACUUAAAAGAAAUGCCUAUUCAUUAGCAGGCUGGAUCACACUGUGAAAUAUGACAGAAAAAAAAAAAAAAAGAAAAAAAAAAGAGACAUACUGCAUAUUUUUCUGUUUAUUUUUAAACACAAAAAUGCUUCCAUUUUCAUAUGCUAGGUUUUUAAUGACUUGCUGUCCCAUGGUUAUUCCCUUUUUCCUAAACUCGCAGGUUCCUCCCCACUUUCCCAGUCUCUCGGACAAAGGUUGGCCAUCAGGGCACCCUGUGUGGGAAUUUCACACUCUGCAUAGGGGGUAUGUGGUUGUAGCUGUAACUGUUGCAUUAGGCAGGUUUUCUCCACUAAAACUAAGGGAAAAGAUGUGCUUGAUAGCAUGCCCAGUGAUCAAGCACUGUAAUUAAGCUCAUUUGGUGUUCAUAAUACUAAAUUAAAAUGGCCCUUUCUUUAAUGGUCGUGCCCACCAGCAAGGAGGUGCCACUCAAACAUGAGUUUUGGACCCAGUCCCGCCCUCUCCUCAUGCAGUGUGUCCAAUCCUACAGCUGGGGGUCUGAAACAGUGGUGGGGAGCAUUGAAACAAAACAGUGUCAAAGCAGGGGUACCCUCCUAUGCCACGGAGCAAAAGCAGAAGCGCUCAUAGAGAGGUGCAAAGGGAAACCCAGCUGGAUUAGGGCCUUAAUCCUCCUGGUGGGAGGCUUCUCAGCACCCAUGGAGUGCUUACGUCCCUCCCUGCUCAUAAUGGCAGCAGGGCUUCACUUCCCCAGCUCCUGCUUCCGGCCAUCCCGCUGCAUUUAAGCUCUGCCCUUGGGGAGGGCUGCCUGCAGCAAACCCCCGGGGGGCUGGGGGAGGUGUCAGGCUGUGCCCAUGUGGAAGGAAGUGUGGUAUCUGUGCCUGGCAGAUUUUCUUCCUGGAGGGGAUCCUGUUGCUGAGGGGAGAGGGCUGCACGUGGCUUCCUCUGGCCUCCAGUCUCUGCACUUGCUCCCAGGAUGCUGCUGCCUGUGGCUAGCCUGAUCCCCUGCCGUGGGAGUCUGCUGUCUCCCUCCCCAGGUCCAUGUCCACCCUGGCCCCCUGGACCCUGUGUGUUUAGGGGUAAGGCGAGAGUUUACGUGGUGUGGUUUGGGUGUCUGUGCUUCAUACCGCAGACGGGGAAGAUGCAGUGGCCAGGGAACUUUGCGCACACACACACGCCAGACCUGCCACUCUGUCUCACUGGAGGUGAGAUGGGUUCCCAAAUACUGGAGGAGCAGAUCUAUUUUUGUAACUGUUGAUGAGAAACAAACUACAAACAUUUUUACUGUAACACCAUUUUCUAAAGAAUUUUUCUUUACUGUGCCCUGGGCCCAGCUCACAUUAUCACUCCUGUGGGGGGCUGUAGAGCAGAGGGGAUCCUCACCACUAAUACUGCUCUGCUUGCAGUGAACAAAAAAUAAAUAUGCUAUCUUCUC